ACUCGCUCCUCAUCUCACUCUGCUGACUUCACUGACCGUCUCCUGCUCUCUUAUCUGCUGCUAAACUACCACAUGUGGAGUCGAGGAACCGCGAGACUUUUUCCCCUCGGCGGAAAGAUGACACUGCUGUCAUAGGUCAGCUCGCCCAAGCGGCUGACAGGCUACAGUACGUCUUCACAACCUCGCCUCCUCAACAUCCUUUUCUUCACUCAACCUCGAGCGCUGUGACUGUGAGGUUGCUCUACUUUGUGACAGUGCGAAAGACUUAUUUUCAUAUUUUCCUUCAGUUCCUUUUCUUUGUCUCCCCGUUGUGAUACCUAAAAAUGCAAAACACAAACAAAACGCUCCUAGAAAGGAGAGGUGUUCCGAUCCCGCUCCGAUCCGCUUCGUAAGGAAGUCGCGUCGAGACCCUGUGCUUAUCGUCGUGGCGGUCCCUCAAGUACUGCCGACUGCGUGUAAUGAGCAUCUGAUCCAGCUCCACGCGCCAGUGAUAAGUGCGAGCACACGCAUCCUUUCGCCGUGACCAUCUGCUCAGAGGACUGCGCCAAAGGGUGAUGCUGUUCAGAGGGCCUUGGGUGGUGCGCCGCCAACGCCUCCUCCUGCCACGCCUGCUGACCUCAGCAUCUUAACGCCUGCUAGACCUCUGCCUUCAGCAUGCUUCAGGUGCCCGAGAUUCGAGCGCCUGACGAGGAGGCGGAUGAGGACGAUAAAACCUCCUCCUCCGGGCCUCCGAGCCUCUCCUCUCCGGCGAUCUCUGUGCCCGCCGUGUCCCUCCACGUACCUUCGGAUGACUCCUCUCCCGCCGGCGAGGACCCCUGCGUCACCCUGCAAGUGCCUUGCAUGGGGGACAUGCCUCCGGGCCGCCUGGAGCCACCGCGGUCUCUCCACCUCUCGCUCCCGCCCUUCCCUCAGCCCAACAUCCCCAGCCUUCUGCAGGUGCCCGGAUUCCACGGUCCUCGGAGGAGUAUGGUCAUGAAUGUCCACAGACGCGACACUAAUCUUGACAUCUUAGGCCAACUGGCGGACAGUCUCUUGUGGUCUGAUACUACACUGGUUCCACUUUCACACCUUCAUCUCUGCAACAGAAAACAUAAUACGAGUUAA